GGCGUCCUCCAUGAUAUGGGAAUCAAUGAAGAAUACAACUUCAAGAUGAGAUCGCGAAAGGACCAAUGCCUCAGCGUAUUAGUAUUUUUGUCGAUACUUAAUAUAGCUUCUGCUUUUUUUGACGGAUUAUACUGUGGAAAUGAAAACUGUUAUGACGUUCUUGGAGUGAAAAGAGAUGCCAAAAAGAAUGAAAUUGCUAAGGCAUACAGAAAACUAGCAAAGAAAUACCAUCCUGAUGUGUAUAAAGGAGUGGAUGCAGAAGAGAAAUUCCGUUUGAUUGCAACAGCUGUUGAGAUAUUGAAAGAUGACGAGCAACGAAAGGACUAUGACUAUAUGUUAGAUCAUCCAGAGGAGGCUUAUUAUAACUACUACAGAUAUUACAAACGUCGAGUUUCCCCUCAGGUUGAUGUUCGCAUUGUAAUUGCAAUCACAAUUACCGUAGUAAGCGUUCUUCAGUAUCUCCAUGGUUGGCAACGGUAUAACCAGGCAGUAUCCUAUGCCCUUAAGGAGCCUAAGUAUAGAAACAAAGCUAUGAGCAUUGCAAUUCAAGAAGGUUUAUUGAAUGGCAUUAAAAAGAAGAAGAGACCCAAAGAAGAAGUAAAGGAAGAAGAAGAUAAUAUAUUGAGAGGUGUAGUUGAGAAAAAUGUUGACAUAAGAGGAGGCUAUAGUCGUCCGUCACUUCUUCAGGUUCUAUGGAUACAAAUUAUAUUUAGUCCAUAUUUUUUGGCACAGUAUAUCGUAUUCAGAAUUCGCUGGAUUUGGAAAUUCAACAUCAAACGUGAAGAAUAUGGCGACGACGAAAAAUCUUACUUAACGAGGAAACAACUGAAACUAUCUCAAUCACAAUGGGAGAUGUUAGGUUCACAUGAAAAGAGCGAACUUAUAGAAAGAGAAUUAUGGAUCGCAGAAAAUUUAACGGAGUAUCAAACAGAAAAAGAAGAGGAAAUGAAAGAAAAAUUGGCCCAAAACAAUAAAUACAAAUCUUAUAGACGUUUCAUGAAAAAUCAUGGUCCCGGUCGAUUAACAUUUGAAGAAGAAUGACGCGGAACUAUUUAUUUUGAAUACAUACGCAGACUUUAAAUCUCAACUUUAGGCAAACAACAAAUUGCUAAAAAGACAAAUGGAAUAUUAUUGAAAUGUUUCACCAAUUUCUAUGAGACUGCGACCGUAGUUAUGUUGUUAUCUCUCAUUUGAUAAGAAUAAAAUUUUGAAACGUUA